AUGGCAAAGAAAGAGGCCAUUCUGCUCAUAACGGGAGCUUGGCAUCUCCCGAAGCAUUACCACAAGCUCAUUUCAGGUCUACAGACCAAGGGGCUCAGAGUCAUAUGCGAACGCCUGCCGACAAAUAAUGGCGUCGUACCACCCAAUGCUACCAUCCACGACGAUGUGCAAUUUGUCAAAGACAUUGUCGCCAAGGAGGUAGCCUCGGGUACCCAUCUUACCGUCGUUGGACACUCAUGGGGAGGUAUGAUCAGCUCUGCCGCCCUCACCGAGUUUGCAGUCGACCCGAGCUCUGAUAAGGGCGGCGUCACCGACAUAAUCCUCAUCGCCGCGUUCAUUCCGUCCGAGAGCGACUCCCUCGCCGGCAUGUUUGGCGGGAAUCUGCCGCCGUAUCUGGUGUCACAGCCAAAUGAUACAGUCAUCUGGGUGGAUCCAAUUGAGCACCUCUACAACGACAUUGCGCCAGAGGAAGCCAAAUGGGCGGAUGACUUGCGAGUUGCUCACGGUCACACAGCGCAGUAUACGUCGAUUGAAUGCGACAGAGUCGCAUGGCGUGACAUUCCACUGACCUACAUUGUCUGUGAGCUGGAUCAAGCCCUUCCAGCGUUUGUUCAGGACAUCAUGGUCUCCAAGGUGGAGGAGCAAGGAGUCAAGGUCAGGAAGUACAGGCUUGCGGCGUCUCACAGCCCCUUCCUUAGUAUACCCGGGAAACUGGUGGAGAUUGUCAUGGAAGUACUGAGCUCGCAUCAAUUGUAG